CAACAAUGUGCGUCAAUUUAAUUUUGACAUAACAGCCGUAGUUUUCUGACAGCCGUACUCUCAAAGUAUUCGUGAUUUUUUCUGCACCGAAUAAAAAAGGCAAAAAACGAUGGCAGCCGCAAAUAAAUUAUCUGUUUUGAGCCGUGCCAUGUGCACCUCCACUAAGAUGGUAAAGCCACCCGUACAGGUUUUCAGCAUGGAGGGCCGUUACGCCACUGCCUUGUAUUCGGCUGCUACUAAAACCAAUCAAUUGGAUCAAGUAGAAAAGGAUUUGUCAGCUUUGAGAAACACUCUUAAAGAAGACAAGAAAUUACGCGAACAAAUCACCAGCCCCAUCAUCAACAAGAAGGUUAUGGCUACCACCUUGAAGGAAAGUGCUAAUAAAUUGCGUUGGGCUCCAUCCACUGGCAAUUUGUUGGGUCUUUUGGCCGACAAUGGUCGCUUGAAUGUUUUGGACGGUGUCAUUAAUGCCUUCCAAAUUAUCAUGGCUGCCCACCGUGGUGAAAUUGUUUGCGAAGUUGUAACUGCCAAGCCUUUGGAUUCUUCCCAAAACAAACAAUUGGAAAGUGCUUUGAAGGCCUUCUUGAAGAAUAAUGAAACCUUGAAAAUCACCUCCCGUGUGGAUCCCAGCAUUAUUGGUGGCAUUAUUGUUUCCAUUGGUGAUAAAUACGUUGACAUGAGCAUUGCCAGCAAGGUUAAAAUGUACACUGAUGUCAUUUCCUCCGCCGCUUAAGUUAAAUAAAGUUGUUUAAACAAAUGAUAAACCUAAAUAUUUGUUUUUAAGGAACUUCAAGUUCUGUUAAAGGAAGAAACAUUACAAGUUUUAAGUUAAUAAUAAUAACAAUGAUUAUAUUAUGUUGUAAACAAAUUAAAUUGCUUUUCAAAAAAUAUUUCCGAAUUAACAUCAUCAACAAACUCUUGGAUGAUCGAUGUUUUACUAUGAUGGUAAAACAAUAAACAAUAAAAAAUAAUGGAUGUUAACAAUUCUAAGCUUAAUCUAAGCUAAUUUAAAACAAAAAACAAAUCAAA